UAUUUCUAUUUCUAUUUCUAUUUUUUUUUGUUCGAUUAUCAAAUUUCCAUUUAAAUUAUGAGCACACAUACAUCACACACACACACUCAAAGCCAAAGUUUUGAUCUCCGUAUUGUCAUACAUAUCUCCAUUGUAUUUCAAAAAAUCAUUUUUGAUUAUAAAUUUCAUUUGUUGCUAUUGUCAACCAUUUAUAAAUGUCUUGGAAAAAAAAUCAUUUGUUGACUAUUUGAUUAAAUUGAAUGAUUAAUGUGACUGAUUGAUCCGAUAUCGUUACUGUUCUGUUAUCCAUUGAUCCACCUAUUAUUAAUAAGGAUAUUGAUUACAACAUUCCAACAAGUUAAACAUAAUAUAACAAUAUUCCUUUUUUUAUACUGCCGAUAUUUUUACUAUUGUACUCGUUUUGAAAACCUACAAGUUGGUCAGAAUCUUCACAUUAUCAAACAAACAAUGGAUUUCGACACCGUACCAUUGACCAAUGGUUCGGGCUAUAAUAUAUCAACAUUGGUUAAUGAUUUUCAUAGUAUUUCUCGUUAUGGAUUGGAUUUUCGUCGAUCAGUUGCAACAAUCCGUGACCAUGAUCUUCAAGAAUAUGGCUAUCAAAUGGCCACUUUUGCCAUUAUGUCUGGUAUCGUUUUUACCUUGCUAACAUUUAUACUUUUACUAUUAUGUUGUUGUACUUGUUUUUUUCGAAGUUCGGCUAAAAUUCCGAUGAACAAUUACCAGUAUCAACGUAAACGUAAUAAUUGUUGUCAAUUUUCAUCAAUAAUCAUUAUAUUGAUCACUAUUCUUACGAUGGUCACCUAUAUCAUUGGUUUCGUUGGUCAACAACAAUUUAAUGAUUUUACAUUGAAAACUUGUGAUACAAUUGACUUGUUUGUUGAUAAGAUUAAAGAUGUUAAUAAAACAACCAUCAUAAUCGAUAAAGUUGAAAUAAUAUUCAAUGAUAUAGAUAAAUCAAUGGCAAAAAUCAAAAAUGAAUUGGAUACAAUAAAUAUAGCCGAUAUAAAGGAAAAAUUCGAAAGUAUUAAAUCUGAAUAUGAUAAAAUCAGUGUAAAAAUACGGCCAUCAUUGAAUGAUAUCGAAAAUCAAAUCCAAAAUAAUGGCAAUCUUGAAGAGAUUCUUAAUCAAUUAGAUAAAUCCCAUGAACAUUGUCAUGUCUAUCAAAGUGAUAUUCGAAAAGCAUUAUUAAUUACAUUGAUUGUAUUGUCAUUGUUUACAAUCAUAUUCAUCAUUGGAUUAUUUCAUGGCUGUCUUCGUGGCUGUUCAUGUGUUUUUGGCUACAUUUUCAUGUUAAUGAUUGCAUUGUUUGGUACAAUCAGUUUUAUUGGUCUUGUUGCUGGUUCAGAUUUUUGUCUUUAUUCUAAACAAUUACCACAAACACUCGAAAUGGAUGUAUCAUUACGAAAGAAUUUUGAUUAUUAUCUCUAUUGUCAAACACAACGGCCUCUUUUUGUUCAGGCAUAUUGGGAAAAUUUAACAUUAUCAUCAUCAUCAUCAAAUGAUUCGGAAGAUUUGCAAAGUUUAUUUGCCAAAAUUCAUCAAUUCAUGAUCGAUGCUCGUCAACAAUUGAAAAAUGUUGAUGAAAAUUUUGUUAAUAUUAUUGAUGAAUGUCAACAAUAUGAAUCACAAAUUGAUAAUGUACGACAACUUUGUUCUGAUUUAAAACAGCUAAAACCAACUGUACAACAAUUGAAACCAAUAACUAUCGAAGUUGAUAAUGUUGUACAAACUGUUGAAUGUGAAUCGAUCACACCAAUCAUCAAUGAUAUGUUGACAAAUCUUUGUACAAAUUUUUAUAAUUCAUUUUUCUUAUUCUUUCUCAAUUCAAUUUCAGCCACAAUCGGUUAUUUUCUAUUACUUUGUAUUACUAUCUGUAUUCUAAUGGCAGUUUAAUCUUUAUAUGUUCAGUUCUGUUCUGUUCAUCCAUCCAAAAUAUAUGACACAUAUUGUGUGUUGUAUGUAUUAAUCUUCUAUCUCUAUCAUUAAGUCUUUGUUUUGUUUUUUUUUUUUUUUGUUU